AUGGGUAAAAACAACAAAGGGGGAACUAGAGAUUGAGUUGAGCACACUUGCUGCAAUCUGUUUAACCCACGCCCACCACAUACCAUACCAACACAUGUUGGUAACGAUUGCUUUAUCUACGAGUUACCCGAUGGAUCUACCCAUCCCAAACAACCGUCAGGAACAGGCGACGACCCACCCUACACCGUUUUGAAGAGCGCCGCUGACAUUCCAGAACAAAUCGAUGGAAUUUCGGGCUAUCGUCUGCGGCUUUACCUUCUCAAAAACAAAGCGCCACCGACCCUUUUAGUCAAAGGAAUCGAGCGAAGGCUCGAUGGCUACCGUGUGACCAUUUGCCGGCCACGUUGCACUUCAUACGAAGCCGUAGAUAAGGAUCCCGAGGUACAUCACUUAGCUCCUCAAGGCAUUUUUCUCACGAAAACUGGUCCCCAUGUGAAAAUCUGA